ACUAAUGCAAAAACUAAGCUAAGCUAAGCUGGCCAUUUCUAAAAUGCUUAUCCAAAUCAAAACAAUUUCCUUGAUUUGCUCAAAAAUCUAAAUUUUGCCUUCUUUCUCUUAUUUAAUCGCAAACCCUUUUUAGAUAGUGCGUCUCAUUUUCUCUUUCUCUCUCGAGAAAAGUUUAUUCUUCUUUUUAAAGCUCUGAAUUAAGAGUAAUUUGGGUGCUUUUUGAAUUUGUUAAUGAUGGCUGAGCAAACAAUUCUUGUGACUGGUGGGGCUGGCUUCAUUGGGAGUCAUACUGUAGUGCAGCUACUAAAUGAGGGUUUUAGGGUUUCAAUCAUUGACAAUCUUGAUAAUUCUGUUCUUGAAGCUGUUGAUAGAGUCAGGGAAUUAGUGGGUCCUGACCUCUCUCAGAAACUUGAAUUCAAUUUGGGUGAUCUUAGAAACAAAGAUGACUUGGAGAAACUUUUUUCUCAAACUAAAUUUGAUGCUGUGAUCCAUUUUGCUGGCUUAAAGGCAGUUGGGGAAAGUGUGGCAAAUCCUCGCCGUUAUUUUGACAAUAACUUGAUUGGAACUAUCAAUCUUUAUGAGGCCAUGGCAAAAUAUAACUGUAAAAAUAUGGUAUUCUCAUCAUCUGCAACUGUUUAUGGCCAACCGAAUAAAAUUCCAUGUGUUGAAGACUUCCAGCUAGAGGCUAUGAAUCCUUACGGGCGAACCAAGCUUUUCCUUGAAGAAAUUGCUCGAGAUAUUCACAAGGCCGAACCAGAAUGGAAAAUCAUUUUACUGAGGUACUUCAAUCCAGUAGGAGCUCAUGAGAGUGGUAAACUUGGCGAAGAUCCAAAGGGCAUACCAAACAAUCUUAUGCCAUACAUUCAACAAGUGGCUGUUGGCAGAUUACCGGAACUCAAUGUAUAUGGUCAUGAUUAUUCAACAAAGGAUGGUACUGCGAUCCGAGACUACAUCCACGUGAUGGACUUAGCAGAUGGUCAUAUUGCUGCUCUUCGGAAGCUUGUUUCAACAGAAAAUAUAGGUUGCAUAGCCUACAACUUGGGUACAGGAUGUGGAACAUCUGUGCUUGAAAUGGUUACUGCAUUUGAAAGAGCUUGUGGCAAGAAAAUUCCGUACAAGCUAUGUCCAAGAAGACCUGGAGAUGCUACUGCUGUUUAUGCUUCAACGGAGAAAGCUGAGAGAGAACUCGGCUGGAAGGCAAAAUAUGGAAUCCAGGAGAUGUGCAGAGACCAAUGGAACUGGGCAAGCAAAAAUCCAUGGGGUUACCAGUCGAAGCCGUGAAAAUUUAUGCAAACCUCUGUAUAAUACAUACUAUUUUCUCCUCUGAUGAUGUUACGGAUAGGGUUAUAUUAAUAACUACAGAAAAACUAUUAUAGAUUUAGCAGGCAUUACUUACUGAUCCUUCAAUUUUUUUUACUAUAUGCCAAAACCAUGCAAUAAGUGAAAUUUUUUCCAUCUGGGCUAACAGAUAUGAUUGUUCAUGAGCUACCUAUAUGGUGUGUACUUAUCUAUGUUAUUAUGUUAAUUUUUUUAUUUUCCAA